AUGGCGAUCCCCUGCGGGAAGGAUAAGUUCCGGUCCCUCUUCUUCUCCGUGAUUCUGUGCCUGGUUUCAGUGGCCGUCGGCAACACAGAUCCCGGCGACUUCGCCGUUCUCGACGCAUUUCGCAAGGGGCUGGACAACCCAGAGCUCCUGAACUGGCCCGACGCCGGCGACGAGGAUCCCUGUGGCUCCCGGUGGCCGCACGUCUUCUGCUCUGGCAACAGAGUCAGCCAGAUCCAGGUCGCUAACCUCGGCCUGAAGGGCCCUCUUCCUCAAAGCUUCAACCAGCUCUCCGUGCUGUACAACGUCGGGUUGCAGAGGAACAAUUUCUCCGGGAAGCUCCCCUCCUUCCGCGGGCUAUCCCAGCUCCAGUUCGCCUACCUGGGCUCCAACCAGUUCGACGCCAUCCCCUCCGAUUUCUUCGUCGGGCUGGACAAUCUCCAGGUACUGUCUCUGGACAAUAAUCCACUGAACCAGAGCUCAGGAUGGAUCUUGCCCAGAGAUCUGGCGGGUUCGUCCCAGUUGUUCAACCUGUCACUGAGCCGCUGCAAUCUGGUCGGAGAACUGCCGGAUUUCUUGGGGGAGAUGUCUUCCCUGACGAACCUGAAGCUCUCCUACAACAAUCUCACCGGGGAGAUCCCCGCGAGUUUCUCCAACCUAGGCCUGCAAAUUCUGUGGCUGAACAACCAGGGAGGCCCGAAGCUCACCGGCCCCAUCGACGUUCUCGCUUCUAUGGGAUCCCUCACAGAUGUCUGGCUUCAUGGAAACAAGUUCACCGGGAGAAUCCCUCCGGCGAUCACUUCCUCCGCUGCCCUGAGACGCCUCUGGGUCAACGACAACCUCCUGGUCGGCCCUCUCCCGGAGAGCUUCGCGGCCAUGGCGAACCUUCAGUCGUUGCAGGUGGACAACAACAGACUGGUCGGCCCGAUCCCGAAGCUCCCAAUCGAGGAAUUCUCCUACUCUCACAAUUCCUUCUGCCAGGCGGCGCCGGGGUUGUCCUGCUCUGCGCAGGUCAACGCCCUCCUGGGUGUCCUCGGAGGUCUGAACUACCCGCCGGAUCUCUCUGCGUCAUGGUCCGGCGACGACCCUUGCUCUGGUUCGUGGCUGGGGGUUUCCUGCCUGGAGAAUAAGGUUUCUGUCAUCAACCUGCAGAACCGGGGCCUCCAUGGUUAUAUCAGUCCUUCGAUCGCUCAACUGGUCUCGCUGACGGACGUCCGACUCGGGGGCAACAAUCUCUCCGGCUCCAUUCCCUCAAAUCUGACGAGACUGGCGUCGCUGAAGACCUUGAACCUCACUGCAAACAAUCUCGGACCCCCGGUUCCCAAGUUCAGUGGCAGCGUUAGGGUUCUCAUCGACGGUAAUCCUCUCCUGGAUGGCUCUCCUUCCCCAUCCCCCGGCGGCGGUUCGCCUUCUCCCCCGGGCACGGCGAGUUCGUCCGCCGGCGGCCAGACUCCGCAGGACAGAGAAGGAGGAAGAUCAGGCCCGGAUUCUUCACCUUCGCCGGGGGAUGAUUCCAGGGUCGUCAAGAUGAUCAUGGUAGUAGCGCCGGUGGUGGUCGUAAUCUUGGCGGCGGCGCUGGCUGCUUUCUUCGUGCUCCGCCGGCAGAGGAAGAAGAAGAAUCGCAGAAACCAGGUCGCCGCCGGCUCCGUCGUCGUCCACCCGACGGACCCCUCCGGCCAGGGAAAGGCCAUCAAGAUCGCCGCCGUGUAUGAAGAUGAUAUCAAGAGCCCGGCCGGCGGCGAGGCCCUCGGCACCACCGGCAGCGGCGGCGGUGAGGUCCGCAUGCUCAAGUCCGGCAACCUGGUGAUCUCCGUUCAGGCCCUUCGGAGGGUCACCUGUGACUUCGCUCCUGAGAACGAGCUGGGCCGCGGCGGCUUCGGGGUGGUCUACAAGGGAGUCUUCCACGACGGCUCCGCCAUCGCGGUGAAGAGGAUGGAGGCGGCCGUGAUCAGCAGCAAGGCCCUCGACGAAUUCCAGUCGGAGAUCUCCGUUCUCUCCAAGGUCCGCCACCGCAACCUGGUCUCCCUGCUGGGAUACUCUGUAGAAGGAAGCGAGAGGCUCCUGGUCUACGAGUACAUGCCCCAGGGAGCUCUGAGCAGGCACCUCUUCGAAGGGAAGAAGCUGGGCCUCGAGCCAUUGUCGUGGAAGAGGAGGCUCAACGUGGCGCUGGACGUCGCGAGGGGGAUGGAGUACCUCCAUAGCCUGGCUCACCAGUCCUUCAUCCACAGAGAUCUCAAGUCCUCCAACAUCCUCCUCGACGACGACUUCCGAGCGAAGGUUUCAGACUUUGGCCUGGUGAAGCUCGCCCCCGACGGGAAGAACUCCGUGGUGACGAGGCUCGCCGGGACCUUCGGGUACUUGGCCCCGGAAUACGCCGGUAAAUAUUUCUGCCUUUCCUCCCACGAAGCUCCAUGAAGAUCAUCCUCCGCUAAUCGUUUCCUCUCUCCCUCUCUAUUCUGCCGCCAUGGAUGACAGUCGCGGGGAGGGUGACGACGAAGGCGGACGUCUUCAGCUUCGGGGUGGUGCUGAUGGAGCUGGUGACGGGUUUGGCGGCGCUGGACGAGAGCCGGCCGGAGGAGAACCAGUACCUGGCCUCCUGGUUCUUCGGCAUCAAGUCCAGCCAGGAGAAGCUCAGGGCCGCCGUCGACCCGUCGAUAGAUCUGACUAAGGACAUCUUCGAGAGCAUCUCCAUCGUCGCCGAGCUCGCCGGGCACUGCGCCGCCAGGGACCCCCAUCAGCGGCCGGACAUGGGCCAUGCGGUCAACGUCCUGGUUCCAUUGGUGGAGAGGUGGAAGCCGGUGAAGGACGACCAGGAGGAAUGCCUGGGCAUCGACCUGAGCCAGCCGCUCCUCCAGAUGGUCAAAGGGUGGCAGGACGCUGACGUCUCCGCAGUCAGCUCUGUGGGCCUCGACGACAGCAAGGGGAGUAUCCCCGCACGCCCCGCCGGAUUUGCGGAGUCCUUCACCUCCGCCGAUGGCCGGUGA